AUGUCAAGUAAAAUGUUGAAUAUUUUCUUAUUACUUUUUAUUUUUGGUGAGAGUUAUGGUGUUAUUUAUAAAUUGAAUGAAACCGAUUACCAACGUAUGCCAGCGUUAUUCAAAUUUGACAAUUACGAAGAAUGCUUGAGCAAGCCAGAAGGGAUAUACUGUACUACCAAAUUUGAAAUUAUAAAGACUACGCCAAACCCCGUUUAUGAUAUGAUAGUUGAAUUUUCCAAGCACACCGUGAAACAUUACAAUCAUUCUAAGCUUUUCUACGGUGUGUGCUUGUCUGAUAAUCGUAACCAAACAAAUAUUUCAACGUGGGACCUGAAACAGAGCGUUGAGGCCCGUCUCAACGAAUCGUUUUGGUCCGAGCAUCGCUUGAGAACAAAAAUCACCGAUAUAUCGUGUUCCAAUGAGAAGGAAGAUUUCAAGUUGGAUAUCGGUGACGCAAUUGUUGGCAUCGCGUGUCUUAUUUUAAUUCUACUGAACGUCGUUGCAAGUUUUUGUGAUUUAUACUUCGGUGAUGAAAAUAAUAAAAACACGGAAUGGUACCACUAUUUUUCAAUACGAUGCAACUGGCGUAGGCUGAUGGAGCCAUUUGACGAGACCAACCCGCGGCUUCGUCCACUGAAAUGUUUGAACGGUUUAAGGAGUGUAUUAAUGUGUUUGGUGAUAUUGAUGCACACGAGCUUCCCAGUCUUCGUGUGUAACGAUAAUCCUAGAUAUUUGGAGCAGUGGUUUGACAAUAUUUACUACCAUCUACUGUUCAACGCUACCUUUAUAAUGCAGAUUUUUAUUGUAAUAUCGGGAUUCCUGUUCAUAUACAACCAGCAAAUAUCUGAUGAAAGUAAUGAAAUUACCUGGAAAAAUUUACCAAAACGGACUUUAGAGAGAUGGUUGCGGCUUACACCGCCGUAUGCCGUAAUAUUGGCGCUGACCUCGACUUGGUUCAGACAUGUCGCUUCAGGACCAUUCUGGCCUGAGGUCGCCGGGUCCGAAAUACGUGAUUGCAGAAAAUAUUGGUGGCAACAUCUCUUGUACAUCCACAACUACAUUAACAAUUCAGACUGCUUGAUACAAUCUUGGUACAUAGCCGCUGAUAUACAGCUGUUCAUUUUCGGAUUAAUCAUCUAUCUGGCCUGCCGAACUCCGAGGUCUAGGAAGAUAGUUCUCCCCACUUUUUUCUUUAUAGGCAUCGCCAUAGUAGCCGCUCACACGUAUUUAGAAAACUUAGAUGGCACCGUUAUUGUCACUCCUGAACACAUUCGGAACCAAUUCAUGGGAGACCCGACGUUCUUAAAAGUCUACAGACGAAGUCACACCAAUAUACCCAGUUACAUCCUGGGGAUGGGUGCAGGAUACCUGUUUUACUAUUGGCAGAAGAUUAACCUGAAUUUGGAUAAAUCUAAGAAAUAUAAAAUGCUCUGCUGGAUGCUUGGUCCGCUGCCAGUAGUCCUGGGUUCUGGCAUAAUGGUCAUGGCCUCGUAUUUCUACAUGGACGCGCCAAGGUCUUCAGUCAUGUUGAGAACAAUGUACGCUGCAACUGCGAAACCUGUUUUUGGAUUACUGUUCACAGUACUUAUAUGCGCAAUGAUCAUGAAACUUGAAAACGUCUUCCGUACAAUAUUCGAGUGGGAUUGUUGGUCGAUCGUGGCGCGACUAUCGUACUGCGCCUACAAUAUCCAUGUGACCAUUAUUCGGUACACCGCAUCACUGUCCACCGUUCCUUUCCAACAAUCGAUUAUGGCAAUGGUUCAGUACUACAUUUUCAUCCUGGUCGUCUCUUUGCUUCUCUCCAUUCCGCUCUGGUUGCUGGUUGAAGAACCAAUGAACCGAGUGUGGAAACUAUAUCUAAGAUCUUCCUCUAAGACGACUCAGGUGCAGGAGAAAAUUAAGCUGAAAUAGCGAAGACAGUCAAAGUUUUGAAUAGAAAGAAUUACGACCAUCAUCAUCAUCAGCCUAUUGACCUCCACUGCUGGACGUACAACUGAAUCCUCCCCCUCCAAGACUCACCAUGAUGACCAGACCUACGCUACCCGCACCCAGUGGAUUCCCGCGACUCUUCGUCGAGGUCGUGUAUCCACCUCAGAAGCCUACCUACAAAGAAACAAUGGAUAAAUUUAUUUUGACCUAAAUUGUGUAAUUUGUUUUAUACUCGGUAGCUUGAUCUGGCAUGCGUUACCAAAGUCCUUGAAAACAGGAACACAAGGACCUUGAAACAACGCGUCGAUAUUGAAUUUUCAGAAAACUUUGAAAGUAAAUAAAUAAUGUCACAGU